AUGAGCUAUGCAGCGCCCGUGUACGAUCCGUCGGACGGGCUCCUUCAACAGGGCGACAUUUUGUCAUACGAUUGCUGCCCUCCGGCCCCGCUCGCAUGUCGCAGCACCAGUAAGGAAGGAUCUUACAAUACGAGCUUGACGCGGAGCCAGGAGGGUCGACGACAGAGGCGUGCACGGCGCAAGGCAUCAUUCGAAUCCCCUCGAUGGAGUCCGAGCGAGCCUGCAGCAAGCCGCUCAGAGUGGCUCCAGGGUGCAAAGGAGCAGCGCACAGAGGUACUUUUAGCUGGACUCCUGGAUCCCGACUCGAUACCGCUGGCCCGCCUGCCAGUCCUGCUGACUUUGGUAGAGGGUCGCUCCGACUUGGAGGACUGCGUCAUAGCCGCGGGGCUCCCUGCAGUGGCGGCAGCCGUGCUGCGAAGCGACAUGCUGCUGCGCCUGCUGCCCGGGGGAACGUUCCUGGAGCUGCUGAUGGACCUGGGGCUUGUUGCGUUGCAAUGGUGGUUGGAAUGGCGCGGCGACGGCGUCGAGCUUACCGGCGGUGCAGAUUUCGGCGGCCUGGAUGGUUUUGGGCUGGCGGGUGCCGCCAAGGCCGCAGCACUGGGGGCAGCCGCUAGCAGCGCGCAGGGGACGAAGGAGAAGGAGCUGGAGGGCGUGCGAGCGGCCGUGGCGGCUCUGCUUCACAGUGUAGACAUCGGGGCCGCUGCGGAACCGUCCACGCUGCUCAUCGUGCUUGAUGCAGCCGUACAGUACGGCGUAGAUGUGCCAAGCUACUUUGUCCAAGCCGCGGCGCGAAUGGCAGCUGCAUCGGCGGUGCUCAGUCCACCGUCCUCUUCCUCUCACUCUUCCUCCUCCUCCGUGCACUCAGCCGCAUCAGAUCCCGGACAGCUUGCGGCGCGGCUCGUGGCGCACGCCUUCAGCAGUACCACCACCACCACCACCACCACCACCAUUACUACUGCCGCAAGCACUGGCGGCGCGGAUGCAGGUGCCGGGGCCAGUGGGGGCAGUAGUACCUACCUGACGGCGGCGGAGGUGCGCGGCCUCAUGACGCCGUACCUGGCGCCGCACCGAGGUGAAGCGCACCACGUCGCCUUCUUAUCCGCCCUGAUGACGGCGUUGCGGCAAUUGCUGAAGCAGCGGCGGGGCAUCGCGACGGCGGCGGCGGCGGCAGGAGUAACGCCCCGGGAGGCGGCGAUUGAGGCAGCGGAUGGGCUCGUUGAGGCACUGGCGGCGGCGGCUGGCCAUUUGGGUCCGGCUCCGUUGGCGCUUGCAAUGGAGUGUGCUGCCGACGCGGCGGCGCUGCUGGCGGAGGCGCCGCUGGCAGACGCGGCGGCGCUAGGGAGCGGGGCAGCUGGAGGCGACGCCGUACGGCGCUUGCUGGCGGCAGCGGCGGCGCUGGCGGACCAGCGGCAACCUUCUGCUGCUGCGGCAGCGGGUGGCGGCUGCCCGCCAGACGGGUUGUGCAGGCUGGCGGCGGCGGCGGUACGGCUCCAGCGGCGGGGCGUGUUUGGCAGCGCUGCGGCGGCUGACGUGUCAAAGUUGCUGGCGGCCGUGCAGGCAACCUCACUCCAGGAGGUUAGCAUCGACGCCGCGGCGGCACUUGUCGCGGUGGCGGCGAGGGCGGCAUUCACAAGUACUGUUGCCGAGGGGACGGCGGCUGCGUCAGGCGAGGAGGGCGUGUUGUCUGAGGCUGCCAGCGAAGGGCGCGAUGGUGAGGUGACGAUAGCUCUUGGACUUCCAGAGCCGCUCCUGGAAGCGUUGCUCAGAAGGCUGGCUUCGGAGGCGGAGGCGGAGGCGGCUCCCGCCACCGCAACGACCUCCAGAACUGUUGUUCGCCGCCUCGGUGAUCGGAUAUCGCCGGCGGAUUCGCCGCCGCCGCAGCUGACGCCGCCGCCGCCAGCGCCAUCCCUAUCGUAUGACCAGGCGAUGGGCGUGCUGGCAGCGGUGGUCGCCGCUGCGGAGGCCGCUGCGGAGGCGACGCCGUCAACCUCCUCCUCCUCCGCCGCCGCCCCCGCUGUGCCGUGCAUCCCUGCGGAACGUGCAGCAAUGCUGCGCGCCGCGGGCAUCGUCGCCUGCCGCGCACUGACGCCGGCGGUUAGGGAGCUUGAUAGCGCGCGGGCAAUCCGAUUGCUAAAGCUUAUCGGCCGAGCAGCAAAUUUCGGCGUGCGGCCCGAUUUCCCGCCGCUGCUAUGGGCCCUCCACGAGCGCCUGCGGGCGCUGGCGGGCGCCUCUGCCCUCGACCCGCCGGACGUGUUGGACGUGCUCAGCGGCUGCGUGUCGCUCCGCUGGCGGCCGGCGCUGCUGCUGCGGGAGCUGCUGCUGCCGCUGCUGCGCUGGCUGCAGCACGCCGAGGACGCGGCAGCUGCAGCUGCUGCCGCCGCUGGCGGCGCCGCUGCUGCUGCUCCUCGCGUUGAGGAGUCGGCGGCGGCUCCGGGUGCUAGGGUCGGUGUGGGAAUGGAGGAGACGGCGGAGGGAGAGGGGGAAGGAGGCCGUGGCGCGGGGCCGUUGGGGGCGCGGUCCUGGACCCCGAGGGAACUGAAGGUCUGUUUAGCGCUGCUAGGCAAGCUGCGCUACAGCGGCCCGAUAGCGGCGGCGGUGGUGAAGCUAGGCGUGGGACAGCUGCUGCGAGCGGCGGAGGCGGAGGCCGCCGCUGCGGGUGGCGGCAGCGGCAGCGGCGGAGGCGGCAGCUUGGCGGCGCAGGGGGCAGAGCUGAGCGCGUCCGACCUGGCGAUGCUGCUGUGGGUGUGCGUGGCGAUGCGGUAUCGCGGCGCAACGGUUCUUCGGCCGCUUUUGCAGCUGCUGCUGCUGGCACCCCCCUCCACGGUGCCUGUCAAGGCCGCUGCGCAGGCGGUGUGGGCGGCGGGAGAAGACAAGCUGGAGGCGGCCGCACCGCAGAGCCUGGCCCUCCUGUGCUGGGGCCUUGCAAAGCUGGGUGUACGGCCGCCUCGUGCAUUUGUAAACGCGGCAAUGGCUGCAUCGCGGAGGCAGCUCCCACACUUCAAGGCGCAGGAACUCGCCACCUUGCUGUUUGUUCUCGCUACGUGGGGCGGCAAACUGAAGGGCGAUGAUGACGCAGUCAGCGUCGUCCAGCACGUUGUGGCGACACGCGCGCGGUACGACGGUCCUGCGUUGUGUACGACGGUGUGGGCGUUACAGCAGCUGACUCAGCCUGCUUCAGCGCUUCAAACCGGUGCAGGAGGCACGCCAGUAACGGACGACGACGAUCACGACCAUGAACAUGACCACGCCACCGCCGCCGCCGCCGCCGCCGCCGCCCUCAGCGCUACGGCGCUACGCGCCCUGGAGAACCGACUUCUUGCUGUCGACAUCGCGGCCGGCCCCAGGAUCGGUUUCCCCGACCACCACCUCCUCCGCUUCUGCUCCGCAGCCGCCGCCGCUGGCUACCAGCCCAAACGCCUACUCAACCGCUACACCACGCGACUAAGGCUCCGCUUGCGCACCAUGCGCGGCUUGUCGCCCGACGUCGCCCCAACGGAGGCGGAACGGCGCUCCCGGAUGCUGUGGUCGGCGGCACGCAUCAUGGCCACCUUUGACCUGCGUGACUCGGAGCUGUUGACCCUCCUGGAGCUUUGUGCGGAGCGCUGCCAGUCGCUGCUACGGCCGGGUCACCUGGCGGGGCUGGUGAAUGCGAUGGCGGCGCUGGAUCACUACCCCGCGCACUGGGCUCGGCACGGGCUGCUGCGGCGCAUGGGUCUGGCGCUGCGGCGCUCCACGCUGACGGAGGCAGCAGCCACCGACAGCCGCUCCUCAGCCGCGUCGCCGCAGGCCACGCCGCGGUCAGGCGGCGUUGCGGCCGCCGCCGGCAUUAGCCUUGACGACGCGAUGCGGCUGCUGACGGCGCUGGCGCGGCUCCGCUGGCAGUGUCCUCCCGUGGAGGCGCUGCUGGUGCGUGUGGCGUCCCGACUUCCCCUGGAGCGACGGAGUCGGGUUCCCCAGCUGACGACGCUCAUGUGGGCGCUGGCGUCGCUGCGACAGGACACGCCCGAGCUGCUGGAGGACCUCCAGGCUGCCCUUCUGGGCCUCCCACCGCAGCCCUCCCUGGCGUCGGAAAUGUCGCUUUUAGAGUCCGGUCGCGCAGCCUCGGUUCGCGUUGCCCACAGCAGCAGCGGCUCGGGGCGUGAUGUUGCCGCGAACGCUGCCGCGGCGACGGACCUCCAACUCCUCUCUCGCCCCGCGAAGCCCGUGCUGCCGGCCGCCGCAGCGGAGCCGGCCGCGGCAGCGGCAAGCCAGGGCGCGGCGGGCUUUGACCCCGCCGCCGCCAUGGUCGCCGCCGCUGCGGAGGCCAACCAGCGCCUAGAGCAGCAACUGGACGGACCCGCGGGUCGCUUCCAGCUACCCUCAGAGCCAUGGGCCCCCGCCGACAUCUUCAAAACCUUGUGGGCUUGCGCCAAGCUGAAUCGACACCCGGGACCGCUGAUCCUGGCGGCGGCGGAGCGCAGCUGGCUGCAAUACACUGCCGGUGGCGGCCCCACCGCCGCCGCCGCCGCCGCUGCCCCGUCAUCGUCAUCGUCACCGCCUCCGUUACACACCGUCACGGGGCUGCUGUGGUCGUUAUCAGUUUUCCGGCACCACAACGGAUCGUUUGCUCAGCGGUUAUCUCAACAGCUGGGUGCAUGGCUGCGCGAGGGCGGCACUCUAUCGACGGCCAGUGCAGGAGCCAGCGCCGCACAUGCAGCAACAGGGGCGGCAACACGGGCGGUGGCGGCCUGCCUGCUGGCCGCCCAGGCGGACCGAGUAGACUCCCCGCUCAACGCCGCCCUGCCGCCGGAGGUCCGAGCCCGCCUCGUGGCUGCGUGGAGGUACCAAGCUGAGCUGGUUUCGGUGCUGCGCAAGAUGGGCCUUACGGCGGCCGCCAACGUGGCUACCCCCGACGGCUGCGCUCUAGUGGACGUGGCAGUGGCGCUCAGACAGCCAGCGCCGCCAGCAGCGGCGGCGGGGGGUUCCCCCGCCAGCCCGCUACCUCCGCUGCCUCCGCCUCGGCUGCUGGCGCUAGAGUUAAUCGGACGUCACAACACGGCCGCCAACAGCCCCAGGAUCCUGGGCGAGGCGGUUAUCAAGUACCGGUUGCUGCAGGUAGGUGGUUGCCUCUCGGGG